AUGGAAGACCCAACCGAUCACAUGGCGGAGCUCAACAAAGCUGCUAAAUUCAAAGAAUAUUGCAGGAUACAGGGCGGGCCUACCAAAAUAUACGACGGUCGUUAUGCUCACGAAAAACCAGCCGAUACGACUGCACCACCAAUACAUUUGUUCAACCCAGCAUUCGCUUACUUCUCAAGCAAAGUGUUCGAUCCUGAAUACGUUGUACCCGAUGAGACACUGCGUGACGUUCAGGAGCUCAUGACUAAAUUUGCGGCUAUCCAUGCCAACGAGAAUGACCGCCAACAAAAUGCGAUCCAACAUCCUUUGCUUCACACGAAAAGUCGUCGUGGAAAAUGUAUUCCCGAUGCUGUAGCCAUACACCUCAUGGUAGUUGAGGAGAAGAACGAGUUUGGAGAUGGAGGUUCAGACCCUUCGGUCCAGGCGUCAUUCUCUUUUCGCGCGGAACUUCGCUUAAAGUGCAAUGGUCCUACCUUCUUGGUUGCUCACGCUGGACCUUGGCUAGCAGUCCUGGGCGCCGUCUUCACGGAGAAAUAUAUAUUUCUUCGAAUCGGGCGCGUCCUGUAUGCACUUAGGGAAUCAGUCGCGCGGCUCACAGACUGGUAUAAACAUGUCUUGGAAUGCAACGAGCCGCCGUACGAUGCAUCAAAUCCUACUGUACAUCAUCGCUUUUACCCAACCCCAGACGCCUAUCUACGUGACAAGAUUCCCGUGCGAUUCAAAUAUGAGAGGUCCCUGGAACGCGAUGCUUCCUGUGUGACUUACCUGGCGAAGACGAUGGAGGACAACCCGAUCAAUGUCGUCGUAAAGUUCGUCACCAGGUACGGCGAGGACGUCCACAAGGCGAUGGCAGAAGCUGGGUUCGCGCCGAAGCUUUUGUAUCACGGAAAAAUUGAUGUCGUGGAGGGGAUGCCAUCGUAUGGCGGGUCGCGGAUGGUAGUGAUGGAAUAUGUGGACGGAAUGACGGCCUAUAGUUCACCGCAACUGCCUCCCAGCUUUCACCAAGAGCUCACAAGGGCGAUCGAGUACUGUCACGAGAAGGGUUUUGUGUUUUGUGAUCUUCGGAAGCCGAAUGUCAUGAUCACGAAGGACGGCAAAGUGCAACUGAUCGAUUUCGACUGGGCUGGACGCGAAGGCGAGGUCACAUACCCUGUAUCCAUUUGUCUUGCUAUUGACUGGCCGAAGGGGGUACAAGGAUUAGGGCCUAUACUGAAACAACACGAUCAUGAUAUGCUAGUGCGCUACCGUAAUUAG